AUGGCGCCUUCUCGCUGUGCUCUUCUUCUUCUUGCGACUCUGGUCGUUCUUCAGGGCCAGAAAACGCUCGCCGGGCGCGAUCUCCUCACCAAGAACCGAUCCCCGGUCACGGAUGACGUCACCGAGUGGAACGGGGGAUCCCCCAUCGAGCGCCGGCUCCUCGCACAGGGGAGCUCAGUCGUCAGCAAUGGCGUCACGGAGUGGUCUCAGGAUGGCCAGUCGCAGUUCGGCUUCAACACCCGCGACGGCCACGUGUGUCAGACGGGCGGGGGACUCCGCUGGGGGUGCAAACUCAACGGAGCUGUGGUUGCAAAGAUCCCGGUGAACGUUCUACCGGUCGGUCUGCUCAUCUGCUUCCCCUUCGUCAUACCGGUCGUCACCCCCCCGGUUCUACCGGCCCCGGUGCCCAUGCUGACGUCAGCCUCGAUACCCACGGUGCUGACUCCCACAACCGGUUCGGUACCGGCGGUCUCUACCGGGGCCUUGCCCGGUAUCCAAAUCAGCAGCCCCGGUGGAAUUUCCAUCACACCGAACGGAGUGACGGUUGGUACCGGCCCGAGCGGGCCCGGGGUGGCUCUCAAUACAAGUCCCUAG